AUGUCAUACGAAGGGCCUAGAGUCCAAGAAUAUAACAACAAGAUCGACAUGUUAGCUGCGCUCUCUGACGAUCGGGCUAGUGCCUCUCACCAGGGCAGCUUCCAGGCGCAGAGCUCAGCGCUCCCGCUUCGUCCGCGGAAUACUUUAGGAGAGACCGAUAAAGAGGAGUUGGACAAAUCGAGCAGGGUCAUGAAAUGUGAAGAAGAUUGGACAAAUACUUCAGAUCUGGCAGAGCGCCGGAGAAUACAAAACCGAAUAGCUCAAAGGAACUACAGAAAGAAGUUGAAGAGAAGGCUUGAGGAUCUGGAAAGGAGAGCAUGUGAUGAGGGACGACCUACUCCGGCAGAGACACCUUCAUCCAGCAAGUACGAGAACGAGUUCCUGUCACGCUCCAGUCCAUUCUCAGACGUAGCAUACAUGUACCCAUCUCCUUCCGAAACACCCAAAUUUUGCAACAUCCCCCUACUGCGACAUGCCGAUCAGGAGCUUUCCUUUUCACCGAUCGCCGAUGAAAGUGAAGACAAGAGCUCAUCGCCUUCUGAAACCUCAGAAGUAGCGCCUAUCUAUGCAUUGCCGUCAGACCAUCGGUUUCGGUCGAUCGAAAAGCUGCUAGUAGAAGACUGUCUUAGCAACUUCUUCGAAUGGCAAACCUGUCCCCAGAAAUCGAACAAGCGAGCAGCAAACCCUCCAGCAACACAAACUCAGCAAUCAAGCAAGAGAUCUAGGAAAUACGAGAAGUCGAACGACGAGAACGACAAUGAGGGUAAUGGAGGAAAUGAGGCGGGUGAAGAUUCGAACGCAAAUAUUGCGAGCGGCUCGACAAUGACUCCGUCCGGCAAGAGCAGAAAUCAGGUCAACUAUGAGGGGAUAUCUGAAGAUCAAAGCCGACAGCUCACUCGGAAGGUAGACAGACGAUUAUCUGAGGAACAGCAAUGGUUCAGUGUGUGGGAUAUUGUGUUCCCUGAUGUUCCACGUCCUGAGUCAGCAUACUUGGGAAACCAGAUCGAGGAGUCUAUGGUCAUGAUCCACGACUUCUGGGAUGCGAACGGAAAGGCUCUGGUCUCUGAUGCUCUGUGGGAGCGAGGGCUCAUACCAGAGCCAAACGUUUCAGACGAUGAAGGGGAGCUUGAGAGCUUCCUGGCCGAGACAUUGGAAUCUGUUGUGGAAGAGCUGCUGGCGUCUUGCCGGGUGCAGAUCGCGGCGAGUCUAUCUCGGUCGAAUCGUGAUCGUUACGAGGCGUCAUCAGCUCCAGAGAGAACCCCAACUUCAGAAUCAGGUGCCAAAACUCAAAGCUAUGACACGAGUGAGCAGGAUCAACAAACAGCCGAUCUUGCCCAUGUAGGCGAAAGUGCCUUGGCAUAUGGAAUGCCUGUGGCACAAGAUUCUGUUGAUGAUUGCAACUUUCUCACUGGCCUUGAGAUGGUUGGGCCAUUAGCAAGCCAUGAUACUCAAUCCUUCCUCGAGGGGUCACAAUUCAGCAUGUCGCGCAGCUGGUCGACGAGGGAAGAGGGCAUUGCAGAGUUUGAUGACCAGAGUUGGGAACUAUUAGCCGGUGUGACCGACUUCUUACAAGCUGAGAGACCAUAG